AUGAAGUUCCUCUCCCCCCUCGCCCUGGCCGCCGCCGCCACCGCCGCCGUGAUGCCCAACGCGGCCGCCCCCGCCGCCGCCGACCCCAUAGCCAUCGGCGAGCAGGCCCAGCAGGCUGCUGCUGCUGCCGCGGCUCCCCAGGCCGACGCCGCCAACGCCCAGCCCAACCACUGGUACCCGCCUCCACCGCCGCCGCCGCCGCCCGGCUGCCGCCCCGGUGCCUACUCGUGCACGACAACCGGUAAUGGGUGGAGGGUUUGUGGCGCUUCGGGUCAUUGGGUUUAUGCCGGCUACUGCGGCUGGAACCAGCACUGCCAGAUGAACUGGCAGAACCAGAGCCCGUACUGCGUCCCCAACUACUAG